AUGACAGGACGCGGUAAGGGAGGAAAAGGAUUGGGCAAAGGAGGAGCCAAGCGUCACCGAAAGGUGCUGCGCGAUAACAUCCAGGGCAUCACGAAGCCGGCCAUCCGUCGCCUGGCCCGCCGUGGAGGCGUGAAGCGUAUUUCCGGUCUGAUCUACGAGGAAACCCGAGGCGUGCUGAAGGUUUUCCUGGAGAACGUGAUCCGUGAUGCCGUCACCUACACCGAGCACGCCAAGCGCAAGACCGUGACCGCCAUGGAUGUGGUGUACGCUCUGAAGCGUCAGGGCCGUACUCUCUACGGUUUCGGAGGCUAA